UUUAGUUUUGGGCUCAAAAUAUAAUUUUGCCAUGGGAAACUAGGGAGAGCAAGUCGUCUUCAACCUCUCGAUUUAGGGUUUAUGUACAGAAAAUUUGGGGAAGAGCUCGUGAAAAAUAAUGGAACCUGAAACGAAGAAGAGGAAGCUUUUCCGUCCACCUCCUCGCCGGGCAACACUUUCACCAGCUGGAAAGAAAGAUCUUGCAGUUUCAACUUCAACAAUAAAGCCAAUGGCUAAUGUGGCUCAAACUGGAGUAGUCAUUGAUCUGAGGAUUCAACAGGCUAAGAAUCAUGCAAUUGCACAGGCUCAACAAGAUGGAACUUGGUGGAUGAUUGAUCAGGUUCCAGAUGGUAUAGGGAUGAUUCUGGGAGUUGCACAAUUGACAUUGUACUUGUACUAUCAUGAUAAAGCCAAAAGAAGAAUCAAGAGAGCCCUUAAUGGAGUUGGUUGCAUGAACAAAAGUGCAAGUAAUUGAGUUUGAAUUUCAAUUACUAUUGAAGAUAUCUGAAUGUUUAAACUUUAAAGUAAGCGUGAUUAUGUGUUUAAUUGUAAGCUUGAAAUUUAAUUUGAUUUGUGGUC